AUGGUUCCCAAAAGACCAUCCCUCCACCCAUUGACUACUCCCAAGACCAUGACAUUCCCUUCCGAGCUUCGAGAACGCACCUACACCACCAACCUCGACCCCAACGAGGGAUGCAAGAAGGAAGACGAAGAUGUCGAGUUCUCCAUGACCCCUCCACCGGCCUACACGGAGUUCCUGAACACCUUCAGUCCCAUCUUCGGCAGCCCAGAUACCUCCCGGGCCAACUUCUCCAAGUACAUGCUGGAUAAGCCUCGUUCAUCACCCACCUCCACCCCGUCUAGCUCUACGGCUACGACCUUCCCCGGAAGCCAUUUACCCCGGAAUCUCCCUCCUGCAGCCGCUCACCCGCACGUAUCGGUGUCGAACAGGACUCCUGAUCAUGUUCGUCGCAUGCGGCUGCCUCCGCCGUAUGCCUACACUCCGGCGUCAGACUCCCCGCACAGCGCGCACCCGCUCCGAUCACCUUAUACACCGUCUGAGAUGCGGAUGCAUCGCUUUGACUCGCCCGUCAGUGAUCAUGCAGGAUACUUCAGUGUCCGACACGUGGUGACUACGACGAUCACGUACAAACGGGCCCCUCAGCUCGAGCCUCCCCCGCAAGGCAAGCGGAGAAGAAACAGCGACGAUUAG